AUAGGGUUUAUUAACUGAUAAAAUUCUGUGAUCCAGCGGAACGUUUGUCUAGUGCGUUACUCCAUGGAAUCUGGAGCGAUAUCUGUAGCUGUAACUUUGUUCAAAGAGACAUUUCCUAGUUUGGAUGACGAUAUCUCUAGCUACAUAGAAAGUAUUCUUACUGAAAAUGCUGAGCAUUUUGACUCUGAGGGCGAUGUGCAUGACGCAAUCGGUGGAGUUUUGGAUGGGUUUCACCGUCAAGAUAAUGAUCAAGAAAUAAAAAUCUUAUGCAAAAAGAUUUAUCAACUGAUGAGGCCGUCUGACGGAUUUGUUGAAAAGCAAAUUACUUUAGAUGCUCCAGUACAGAUGGCAAGUUUACUGGAUACAUUCAGUGAAAGAGUGGUUGAUAAUUCUAGUAUUUGGAUGAUGAAAAAACAAAUCAGCACUGUCGUCGAUCCUAAAAAAUUAGAAAAGGCUGAGGCUAAAAUUAAAGAAAAGCAGUUAAAGAAAGCCAUUAUCGGAAGACCUGGCAAUGCAGGAAGAGCUAUCGAGGUCAAGGAGGAUGAACGCGCUACAGUUUGUCAACAGACUGACCGACGGGAACUAGCCUCAUCUUCACAUGUAGUGUCUCACGUAGGGGAUAUUCGUUUGGAAAAUUUUGACAUUGCUUAUGGUAGCAGAGUUCUCUUACAAGGUGCCAAUCUGUCUCUCACGUACGGUAAGAGGUAUGGUUUAGUGGGACGAAAUGGUUUCGGUAAAACAACUUUGCUUCGAUCGUUAGCCAAGGGAGAUUUGCGCUUACCACCUGGUGUCCGCGUACUACAUGUAGAACAAGAAGUUGUUGGUGAUUCCACGCCUGCUUUGGAAAGCGUUCUUCAAGCCGAUAUAGAAAGACACACCCUCCUUAUUGAAUUGGCUCGCCUUCAGGCUGAAAUGAAAAAAAAUUCUGGCACGGAUCAAGGUUUAUCUAGUAGCACAAGUACAAUAGAAUCUCGGGUUGCAGAGAUUUAUUCUCGCUUAAAUGCAAUCGAAGCAGAUAAGGCUCCAGCUCGAGCUGCUGUCGUUUUGCAUGGUCUUGGCUUCAGUCCAGAAAUGCAGAGUAAGCCCACAAAAGAAUUUUCUGGCGGAUGGCGUAUGCGUUUAGCUUUAGCACAAGCACUUUUUGCGAAACCAGACCUACUUUUGCUAGAUGAACCUACCAAUAUGCUUGAUAUGCGCGCAAUAAUUUGGUUAGAAGACUACUUGCAGUCCUCAUCCAACAUCCUUUUGAUUGUCUCACACGAUCGAAGUUUUUUAAAUACAGUUGCAACUGAUAUUAUUCACUUGAAUUGCAAGCGUUUGGAUGCAUACCGAGGGAAUUAUGAUGCUUUUGAGCAAGCUCGUUCUGAAAGAUUGCUAAAUCAACAAAGGGAGUACGAGUCAUUGAAAGCUGAAAGAGAGCAUAUACAACAAUUUAUAGAUAAAUUUCGUUACAAUGCAAAACGUGCAUCCCUCGUACAAAGUAGAAUUAAGCAUUUAGAAAAGUUGCCACCAUUAAUUCCUCCUGAAAAAGAAUUGAAAGUUGUGAUUCGACUGCCUGAUUGUGAGAAACUUUCUCCUCCAUUGUUACAACUUGAUGAAGUCUGUUUUCAUUAUGUACUGGACAAACCAAUUUUAAAUCAUGUCAAUUUGAGCAUUUCACCAGAUUCACGAAUCAGCAUUGUUGGUGAGAACGGUGCAGGUAAAACGACAUUACUUCGGCUUCUUUUAGGUGAUUUAGAACCAACUUCAGGAUUACGCCACGCACAUCGUAGUUUACGUAUUGGCUACUUUAGCCAACAUCAUGUUGACCAGCUGGAUUUAAAAUUAAGCAGUUUAGAAUUUUUGAUGAGAAAGUUCCCAAAUCAGACUGAACAAGUUUAUCGUUCCCAGUUGGCGAAUUUCAAUAUAACGGAAAUGCUUGCUCUUCAACCAAUCGGUAGUUUGUCAGGAGGUCAAAAAUCAAGAGUUGCAUUUGUUGCUAUGUGUAUGUCCAAUCCAAAUAUGCUUGUUCUCGAUGAACCGACAAAUCAUCUAGAUGUAGAAACGAUUGCAGGCUUAUCUGAUGCUUUGGUUAAUUUUCCCGGUGGAGUUGUACUUGUUUCACAUGACGAACGUCUAAUUCAAGCUGUAUGUAAUGAAGUAUGGGUGUGUACACGCAUGGGCAUAAGUCCUGUUGACAGUGCUAAAGGAAGUCGUGUAUAUUCAUUACCAGGUGGUUUGGAAGAAUACAAAAAAGCUGUUCGAGUUGAACUGGUUCAACUAAAAUUGUAAUCUAUUAAGAUGAAAUUUGUAUGAAAUAUCCUGACAUUUUAUUAUUAUGUAAUUCUUCAAGAUGGAUUAUAAUUUUGGCUGUGCUUCAUUAUUCUUCAUCUGUUUGCUUCCAGUGAAAUUCCUUUACUUGGAAUAGAUAUGGCUUAUUUUUUGUUUGUUUUACUUAUUCAGCUGCAGUUAUUUACUGUCUUUUGUUAAGACACAUUUGACUGUUUCCUAAUACACUGCGUCUUUUUUGCGUCCGUCAGCUAGUUUAUUUAAAAACCGUAGUUGGAAAACCUCAUUUGCCAUGUCCAG